AUGGCCACAAAAGCAACUAGCAGCUCCGCCAUCGCGGCGGCUGUAUUUAUGGUGGCCGCUCUGAUCACCACCGUCCUCUCUGACGACAUGCUUCCAGUUCCCGGCGACAAGUCCCAACUUACGAAAUGGUUCAACGACAACGUGAAGCCACUGUCGUCGGCACAGCUUGAAAUGAAUAAUAAUAAGGGCCUAAGAAUAAUAAACCCUAAACUUGCAGCUGCAGAAAAACGAGUGAAGGUGGUGAAGGUGAAGAAAGAUGGAAGCGGAGACUUCAAGACGGUGUCAGACGCCAUUAAAGCCAUCCCUGAAGGUAACAGGAGGAGAGUAAUAGUGUAUGUUGGAAGUGGGACUUACUUUGAGAAAAUAAAGAUAGAGAAGACGAAGCCUUUUGUAACUCUGUUUGGCGAUCCUAAGAAUUUCCCAAACUUGACCUUCGAUGGAACUGCACAAAGAUUUGGAACUGUGGAUAGUGCUUCCUUGAUUGUUGAAUCCGACUAUUUCGUUGCUGCCAAUCUCGUUAUUUCGAUGCAUUCGGCACCAAUCCCAUUACUUGUCAGAUUCACACCCAACGACUGA